GGCCAAGAGACGGGAGUCAGGUCGUCUCAAGUGAAGCCGAGUCACGAGACUCUAACGAGGCACGCCGCUGCUUACGUCAUCCUACAUUACCGCUGCACCAGCUGCAUCAAAGCGUCCUUCCCCUCCAUCGCAAAUAUCCCGAUAACAACACCACGAUUUUCCCGACUUCUUGCCGACGUCCAAUACCUCUUCGAUCGCGCACCCAUAUAGAAGCUCACCAUGUCUGCAUACUCGGGCCAAGGCAGCUCGUAUCCUCACCACCCUCAUCCACAUCAUCCACAGCAAUCGCAACAACAAUCGCAUGGCGGUAUUCGCAUUCCCAGCCCCAACGGCGCAAAUGGUCACCUCCAUGGUAACGAUCCACAUUCCCUCUCGGCGCACGGUCUGCCCAGCCAGCAAGCUUUCCAAUAUGACCAGUCCGCUCAACAGCAGAUGCAAUCGUAUGCCAAUGGACACUCCAACGGGCAUGUAGAGGAUAUGCAACAACAGCAGCAGCGCGUCCAGCUGCCUGCCCCAUCCCCCGCAUCUACAAGUGGUGAAGGCAAGGGCCAUAAGGGAAACCGUCUGCGCAAAGCUUGCGACUCUUGCAGCACAAGAAAGGUCAAGGUAGGCAGCAUCCCGAAUAUACCCUCCCCAGUACAUAUCUGACCAAUAAAUUUCACAGUGCGACGAGUCUGGACCACCAUGUCGUGCUUGCGCCGCCCUCGAUAUUCCAUGUACCUUCGAUCGUCAAAGCAAAAGAAGAGGACCACCGAAUAGACACGCCGAGGCGAUCAAGAAGAAGGCACGAGAAUCAUUACAGGCUGCGACUUUCGGGUCUCCUACAUCUCCUGGCAAUGUCGCUGCUACGCUUGCGUCCUUCUCCACCCAUGCGGUCCUCAAUGCUGAAUCGAUCUGCCCGUUCUCAACUCUUGAGCUUUUGGUUGACGACUUCUUCACCUAUAUCCACCCUCUCUGCCCAUUUCCACACGAGCCCUCCUUUCGCGCCGCGUUCCUAAACAGAGAAGAUCUGAAGAACCCCUCCUUCCUAGCGCUAUUGGCGUCAAUGGUUGGUGUUCUGGUCGCAUCCUUCCCUCGAAAGCCCCGUCUCCACCUCAAGGCCCAACACCGAGAACACCUAUUCCCCAAUUCUAUGAGCUUGGUUGAGCGAUGCCACAAAGUUGCUAUUGCGGCGCGGGGGCCUGGAUACUUGGACAAAGACUUGUCUGUCUAUGAUGCGGCGACGAGCUACUUCUUGGGUCUGGCUGGCGCAUACACUUUCCAAUGGAAGCAGACUCGCCUGUAUUUUGGGGAGUGCUUGACCAUUAUCAGAGUUCUUGGUGCCCACAAGGUCAAGGAUGCUGAGUUAGGUGUAGGAGGACUUCCGAGUGCUUAUGGAGCCGAUCAAAAUAAUAUGCAAGGUGUCAAUACUGGGGUUGAUUACAUCCGGCAAGAAAUUGGCAGAAGAAUAUUCUGGGUUAUGUUUGUUGGCAUCAUCUCCAUCCAGCAGCUUGGUGCUACCUUCGGCGAGCUGUUGAUACCCCCGCCGACCACCAAUAACCCAUACCCUCCUCUUCCUAUAGAGGUUGACGAUGAAUAUAUCUUCGUGGAUCACGUCGAUGCACAACCGCCUGGAGUUCUGUCGAAGAUCACCGGCUUCAAUUUCAACGUUCGUAUUUACAAGACUGUCACUCCCUUGUCCACCAUGGAGCUUGCAUAUGGCAUCGACGAAGUCUUUGACUGGAGUCGUCAAAAGCGAGUCUUAGAGGAAUGUCUUCGAAAUGUCAAGCAGGUUUUGGAGGUUGUCCCACAGGAGUUGAUGCUUCAGCCUGGCUCAAAUCCAGGAGAAUUCGAGCAGUCAGCUUUCCAAUAUUACCCACCAAACACGGAGUACCCAGGUGUCAGAUCAAACGGCAGCGAUGCAAAUCAGUGGUCAAUCGGAAAGCCUGAUGAGCGCCGUCGUUUACAAUUUGAGAUUCAAAAGGCCAACAUAUAUGCUAGUCAACUUGGGACACGGUCGUCAUUUGUUGACAAGUACUGUAACCUCUUCGAUGCCUACAAAAAGGUCAAGAACAGCUCCGGUGAUGCGAUGCAGAUGGGUUCUCCAGGUGUCAUGGCCAUUGGAUUGGAUGGAAUGCUCCCAAAGCAAUCUCCUACUAGUCACUACGAGGAGACAAAUGUUGCUCUGGAGCGUGAGAGUAUUGUCAAGGACCUCUUGAAGGUUUUGGGCUGCAUCAGUCAAGUCAAUAUGGAACCAAAUGGUGGAAGCUUUAUCAACAAGAUUCGCCAGAUUGCUUCUACUUUGAUCGAGACUCCUGAUAGUCGCAAGGGCCCUAUCGCCGUCAAAUCCGAAGAGUACCUUGGACGAUUCCUGGAUGUUUUGAUGAAGCUUGAGCGCAUUAGCCCUGGCUGUCGAAGCGAGAAUGGCGAUGGACAAGUCGAUGAGGAAGAGGAGUUGAGAAAUUGGGCUGACCUUCGGGAGUAUCAGCUCAGAUUUGCUCAAGCCGGCGGUUUUAUGAGUGACCUGUAAUCAUUUUUCUGUUCACCGGAAAUUUUCUGCGUUGUUUUAUUUGGCUGGUUGGAGGGUGCUUUCUGGCGGAUUGAUUCUUGGCAAAAAUCGGGGUUGGGGAGUUAUUGAAUUUGGUGGAAACGAAAAGGAAAAGUGCCUUCGAGCAUGAAGUACAUUCGUGGCUUUCGAAGAUAUACCGCUUUUGCUAUUGCGGAUGUCGUCGGUCUUUGCAUUGGUAUUCAGAUGAUAUUCUGCACUUGUAUGCAGAUCUGUUAUGGACUGCUAGCUAGAUCACUUGCUAGCUAUGGGCUGCUAUAAAUGGAAUAUAUCACAACUACACGUUUCCCCAUACCAGUGAUAUUG